AUGGCCGAAGUCACUGACCUAUUUGAAGACCUGAAGAACUGUUACAGUGAGAAUGAAGAAUACAGUUCUGCCAUUGAGCAUCUCUCUCUGAAUCAGAAAUCCUUCUAUGAUGCAAGCUAUGGCCCACUUCAUGAGGACUGCACAGAUCAAUUUGUGUCUCUGAGUACCUCUGAAACCUCCAAGACAUCCAGCUCUACCUUCAAGGAGAGUGUGGUGGUCGUGGCAGCCAGUGGGAAGAUUCUGAAGAAGAGACGGUUGAGUUUAAAUCACCCCAUCAGUGAUGAUGAUCUGGAGGCCAUUGCCAAUGAUCUAGAAGAAGCAAUCAUCAAGCCCAGGUCAGCACCUUCCGUCUUCCAGAGCAAUGUGAAAUACAGCUUCAUGAGGACCAUCAAACACCAGUGCACCCUGAAUGACGCCCUCAAUCAAAGUGUAAUUCGAGACAAUUCGGGUCAAUACCUCAGGGCUUUUGCAAUACAGAAUCUGGAUGAUGCAGUAAAAUUUGACAUGGGUGCUUAUAGAUCAGCGGCAGAGGAUUCUAAACUUCCUGUGACUCUAAGAAUCUCCAAAACACGACUGUUUCUGAGUGCCCAAAAUGAAGAAGACCCCGUGUUGCUGAAGGAGAUCCCUGAGACACCCAAAGUCAUCACAGAUGGUGAAACCAACAUCCUCUUCUUCUGGGAAAGUUACGGCACUAAGAACUACUUCAAAUCGGUUACACAUCCAACGCUGUUUAUUGCCACAAAGCAAGAAGAUCUGGUGCACAUGGCAAGGGGUCAACCCUCUAUCACUGACUUUCAGAUAGUGGAAAAUUAG